AUGGAAUCACGAAAAGUAGUGUGUAGUUGGCUGUCUGGCACUGACCGACACUAUCAUUUGAGAGGUGUUGUGUUUCAAGUACUUGGCAACUUUAAAGUUUUGUCUAGUGAACACAAAAUGAACGAAUCCCAGUUUUGUAACUGUUAUCUGGUUAAGAAGGGAUCUGUAGACAUGCAGUCCAAGUCUGGAACUGCAAAUCGACUGAGGUCAGAUCCUCAUUCCUUUCGGCCUAGCAGUGGUUAUUCCGAUCCUUGGUGGCGUGGUAUUGGUUACAACCCCUUGGCCCAAACAAUGGCUGGGGCAAAUGCGUCCAAUUCUUCGUCUCUUGAAUGCCCUAAUGGUGAUUCUGAAUCCAAUGAAGAAGGCCAAUCUUUGUCGAAUAGUGGAAUGAAUGAGGAAGAUGAUGAUACCACUAAAGAUUCGCAGCCUGCUGCUCCUAACGAAUCAGGAAAUUACGGGCAUGAACAGCAAGGGAUGCAGCAUACUGCGUCAUCUGCACCGUCCAUGCGUGAAGAAUGCCUUACUCAGACACCCCAGCUGGAGCUUGUUGGUCAUUCAAUUGCAUGUGCUACAAAUCCAUAUCAAGAUCCGUAUUAUGGUGGCAUGAUGGCAGCUUAUGGUCACCAGCAGAUGGGAUAUGCUCCUUUUAUAGGAGGAAUGCAUCAUGCCAGAAUGCCUUUGCCCCUUGAGAUGGCUCAAGAGCCUGUAUAUGUGAAUGCCAAACAGUACCAAGGAAUUCUUAGGCGAAGACAAGCCCGUGCUAAAGCAGAACUUGAAAAGAAGCUAAUAAAAUCUAGAAAGCCAUAUCUUCAUGAGUCUCGGCACCAGCAUGCUAUGAGAAGGGCAAGGGGUAGCGGAGGACGAUUUGCCAAGAAAUCUGACGCGGAAGGCUCAAACAACUCAGCCAAGGAAAAGGAUAAUGGUACUGAUUCUGUCCUUUCAUCACAGUCAAUUAGUUCAUCUGGUUCUGAACCUUUGCAUUCUGACUCUGCGGAAACCUGGAAUUCUCCAAACAUGCAACAAGAUGCAAGAGCAGCAAAAGUGCACAACAGGUUCGAAGCACCCCGUUACCAAAAUGGCAGUGGCUCUUACCACAACCAUAAUGGUUUACAAUCUUCGGUGUAUCAUUCAUCCUCAGGUGAAAGAGUGGAGGAAGGGGACUGUUCACGUCAGCAACUAAACCAUAAUUGA